AUGAUGAUGCUGCUGCUGCAGCAGCAGCAGCAGCUGCGGCUGCUGCUGCUGCUGUUGAUGAUUGUGGUGUAUGUGGAGCUGCUGAUGCUGACGCUGCUGCUGAUGCUGCUGAUGCUGCUGCAGCAAAAGGACCAGCAGCAGCAGCAGCAGCAACAAGAGCAGCACCAGCAGCAGCAGCAACAAGAGCAGCAGCACCAGUACCAGCAGCAGCAGCAGCAGAAGUGCAAGCAGCAGCAGCAGAAGCAGCAGCAGAGACAGCAGCAGUAG